CCGAGAAGGCCGAGACCCCUGCCGGCUGCCGUGAAUAGCAACCCCCUCGCCGUUGCGCUCCUAAAACCCUAGCGAAGGCGUGCCUUUCCCUUACCGCCCGCCCCCGCCCGCCGCCGCCGCCAUGUGCCCCGCAGCGGCGACCAUGAGCUCGGCCAGGCUGUCGAAGAAGCGGAAGCAGCCCGUCGUCGCUCCGCCGGAGUCGGACUCUGAGGAGGAGGAGUCGGUGUACGACACCGCCUCCGACGGCGACGAGGAGGAAGAGGAGAGGCAGGAGGUGGAGAGCGAGGACGAAGACGAGGACGCGGAGGAGGGGAGCGAUGGUGAAGACGAGGAGAUGGAGGAGGGGAGCGAUGACGAUGAGGACGAAGAGGAUGAGGAGGAAGAUGAGGACGAGAGCGAGGAGGAGGAGCAGAAUGUGAAAGAGACGGUGAAGGAGGAGGAAAAAAAGGAAAAGAAGAAGAAAAGGGAGGAGGUGAAGGAGGAGGAAAAGAAGGAAAAGGAGGAGGAGAAAGAGGAAAAGAAAGUGAAGAAGGAUUUGAAGAAGAAGGGGGAGGGGAGCGGGAUUCUCUCAAACAAGCUCUUCUCGGAGCUCCCCAUCUCUGAGCUCACUGCCAAGGCCAUCAGAGAGAUGAACUACACCCACCUCACCCAGAUUCAAGCUAGAUCAAUACCACAUCUGUUGGAAGGAAAGGAUGUCAUGGGCGCAGCCAAAACUGGAUCUGGGAAGACUCUUGCGUUCCUUAUACCAGCAAUUGAGCUGCUCCAUCAUCUGCACUUCUCGCCGAGGAAUGGGACCGGAGUUAUUGUGGUUUGUCCGACAAGGGAGCUUGCUAUCCAGACACACAAUGUUGCCAAGGAGUUAAUGAAGUAUCAUUCGCAAACUCUUGGAUAUGUCAUUGGUGGUAAUAACCGGAGAAGUGAGGCUGAUCAUCUUGCAAAGGGGGUCAAUUUAUUAGUUGCUACCCCAGGCAGGCUUUUGGACCAUCUACAAAAUACCAAGAGUUUCAUAUACAAAAGGCUAAAGUGCCUUGUAAUUGAUGAAGCUGAUCGCAUACUUGAGCAAAACUUUGAGGAAGAUAUGAAACAAAUAUUUAAACGCCUACCUCAGAAUAGGCAGACUGUUCUUUUUUCUGCUACACAGACUCCAGAGGUUGAAAAUUUUGCUAAAUUGUCAUUUGAGAAGAAUGAAGAAAGUAAAGAAAAACCAAUUUAUGUUGGAGUUGAUGAUGAUAAGUCAAAGGCUACUGUUGAAGGCUUGCAGCAGGGGUAUUGUGUCAUUUCUAGUGAGAAGAGGUUCCUGGUUCUAUAUGCUUUCCUCAAAAAGAAACAGAAUAAGAAGGUCAUGGUGUUCUUUUCAUCAUGUAAUUCAGUCAAGUUCCACUCAGAACUUCUGAAUUUCAUUGGGAUAGAGUGUUCUGAUAUCCAUGGGAAACAGAAACAGCAGAAACGAACUACAACAUUCUUUGACUUUUGCAAGGCAGAAAAGGGCAUUUUAUUGUGCACUAACGUAGCUGCACGUGGACUUGAUAUCCCUGAUGUGGAUUAUAUCGUGCAAUAUGAUCCUCCAGAUGAACCAAAGGAUUACAUUCACAGAGUUGGUCGUACUGCCCGUGGUGACAAAGGAAAGGGAAGUGCAUUGCUGUUCUUACUACCAGAAGAAUUGAGAUUUCUCAUUUACUUGAAGGCAGCCAGGGUUACCCUUACAGAAUACGAGUUCAAUCAAAAGAAUGUGCCAAAUUUGCAAUCAAACCUUGAGAAAUUGGUUAGCGACAAUUACCAUUUGAACCAGUCUGCAAAAGAAGCCUACAGAUCCUACGUUUUGGCUUAUGACUCUCACUCUAUGAAAGACAUUUUUAAUGUCCAUCAACUCGAUCUGCAGAAAGUAGCUGCAUCAUUCUGUUUCAGAAACUCUCCAGAUUUUGUUAUGGAUUUAAUGGCAUGACUUAAUGGUGUAUGGACUGCCAGGUUUUGUUACUGUACAGAAAACUCAAUAAUCUUAUGUUGAAUUCCACACUGUCUUGCAGAAAGUAGCUGCAUCAUUCUGUUUCAGAAACCCUCCAAAGGUGAAUCUGGACCUGGAGAGCAGCGCCGCUAAACAUCGGAAGAUGAGGAGGUUAGAUGGUGGGAAGAGGCAUGGUAUCAGCCCUUCAAAUCCUUAUGGAAGGAAGGACAAAGAUGGUAGUGGCGGUAAACGACAGUUUGCGAGGUUUUAGAAAAAACAGCCUUUCACGGGUCGUGUAAUACCGCUAUACCAGAGCUUAAUGUUUCCAGGCUUUGGACAAUUUUGACAGAUCACUUGAUGCUAGAGUGGGUGAGAUAUUAUCACUUGUGUUUGUGGAUGAUCACUUGAUGUGUUGCUUCUUUAGAGUGUAAAAUGCAUUUUUCAACAGUGGAUUCUUUAUUUCAUA